UAGGAGCUGCAGGGAUGGAGACUGCAAGGUCCUUGAUGGUUGGAACCCGUGGGGAAAGUCACUUCGAUGAUGAGUCUUUGAGGCUGCGACAGCUGAAACUAGACAAUCAGAGAGCGCUGCUGGAGAAAAGGCAGAGAAAGAAGCGCCUCGACCCACUCAUGGUCCAGCCAAAUCCUGAUGCGGGCUUUCGUCGGCCAAAGCUAAGACGUGGGUGGAGGAGCAAACUCCUUUGGUGGAAUCUCCUUCCUCCUCAGAGCGAUGCCAUCCUGCCUGGCAAUGAUGGUCCAGCUGCCUUCAUGAAAGCUGACCCUUCAGGAAUUGGACUGGAACUUCCCGAAGCUGCUGGUCAGUAUCCACUGCACUGCAUUCGAGCCAACUUCUGCCUAGGUAUUUCAUGCAGUCUAAAUUUUGACGAGGAGGAAACUGACAGUGGGAAGGAAGAAAGCAAACCAUUAAGAUCUCAUUCUUCAUGUUCAGAGGCCGAACACUCAAAGUCUGGAUCCAGCCAGCAAUCUGUCACAGUAUCGAUUUGGGCGCUUACCCGUUUGGUGGCCCAAGAGGUAGAAGUGGAGAAGCUCUUGGGAGAUACGGAGAAUUUAGAGGACUUCGCAUAUCGUCCUGCCACCUCGGGGUGUCACUAUGAAUGUCGGAUAACCAGAGACAAAAAAGGAAUGGAUCGGGGGUCUCUUCCCCACUUAUUUAUGCACCUGGAAAAGAGUAAGAACGAGGAAGAUGCUUGUAGGAUAGCGGUAAGAAAGAGUAAGACAUCCAAUUACCUUAUCUCCACGGAUCCUAUAGAUUUAUCUCGAGAAGGGUUAAGUUACAUCGGUUAAAACUCAGGUGAAUCCAACCUCAUGGGGACCAAGUUUACAAUCUAUGACCAUGGUGUCAACCCCAACAAGUCCAACGGCCGGGUGGAAAAGUGCUACAUGCGGCAGGAGCUGGCGGCCAUCAGCUACGAAACAAAUGUACUUGGAUUUAAAGGUCCUAGAAAAAUGUCUGUGAUCAUUCCAGGACUAACUAUGAAUCAUGAGCGAAUCCCAGUUCAGCCACGAAAUGAGCAGGAGAGCUUGCUUUCAAAAUGGAAGAACAAGGCCAUGGACAACCUGAUCGAGUUACACAACAAGGCCCCGGUCUGGAACCACGACACCCAGUCCUACGUCCUCAACUUCCGUGGCCGAGUCACACAGGCAUCUGUGAAGAACUUCCAGAUAGUCCAUGAAAAUGAGCCUUCUUACAUCGUCAUGCAGUUUGGGCGCGUGGCCGAGGACGAGUUCACGCUGGACUACAACUACCCUCUCUGCGCUCUUCAGGCCUUUGCCAUCGGCCUCUCCAGCUUCGACAGCAAGUUGGCUUGCGAGUGAGGGCGGAGGCCGCUGCCAAGCAGGGUCCCCCCCAACGCAUGGCAGACCUUUGCAGAACAGAGUGGCCACUUUUGCUCUCGCCCCAGCGCAGCACAAUUUGCCCCUUUUGGAAUAACUCCCAAAUGCACGUCUGUCUGGGUGCAGACACAUCUCUGAGUUAGGGCAGACACAUACAUGUGUCUCUACAUAGAGACAUGUGUACAAGCACAAGCUCACCCAUGUUUUUUUUUUCCCCGGAUUUCUCAGGCAAGGUUGGGGAUCACAGCUUGCCAUAGCAGAGACACAGUUGAAGUCACGGAUAAUAGGUUUGUUUUGUUCAGAAGCCCCUGAGUGAUUCUGGAAGGCAUUGCCCAACUUAUUUUGUGCCUUAAGAGUUCAACUUCUGGGGCUGGAGCAGUGGCGCAGGAUGUAAGGUGUCUAUCUGCCUUGCGUGCGCUAACCUAGGACAGACUGCGGUUCCAUCUCUCGGUUCUAUCUCCUGGCAUCCGAUAUGGUCCCCCAAGCCAGGGGUAAUUUCUGAGUGCAGAGCCAGGAAUAACCACUGAGCAUCACCGGGUAUGG